CCGCACACGCAUGUGCUAGCGUGCGCACUAGGUGUGUCAUGCGCGCAGCGCAUGGAGACACGCUAUUGUGCAAGGGUGCGCACUGUGCACCAUGGCUUUUUUUUCGUGUGUGUGUGUGUGUGUGUGUGUGUGUGUGUGUGUGUGUGUGUGUGUGUGAGAGAGAGAGAGAGAGAGAGAGAGAGAGAGAGAGAGAGNGAGAAGAAGGAGGCCAAAAAGAAGGCCUUGAAAGAGGAGCAGGCGGCCAAACUGAAGAAGAUCGAAGAGGAGAUGGCCAGGGAGAAGGAGAGGCUAAUAAAAGAAGAGGAAGAGAAGUUGAAAAAGGUAGAAGAGGAAGAGGAAGACCCGCCACUGCAAAAGAAUAGUGGACAGCAUGGUGGCAGCCCUGGUGGAGACCUGGAGAAGAGGAUAUCAGAAUGGGUUGCCAAUUUGACUGUGGGAGAAGAGGAGGAAGUUAACAUGUACAUCCCACAAGAUGAGCAAGAGGCAGCCAUGAGGGCUUGGAAUGCAGAGAAAGACCCUCUUAAACGACGGGCAUUGGAGGAUGAGAAACGGAUGGAGUGGAAGUUGGCAGUGAUGAGAGAGAAAAAGAGGAGGAUGGAGAAAGCAGUAGAGGCGGCAGAAGUUUUGGAGGAAGUGAAAACGAUAGAACAACAAUUAGCCGCCCAGCCCGAUUUCUCAAAUCAGAUGCGAAUCGUGGCUCGAAGCAUUACAUGCCUAGCACGAGUUCAGACAGAUCAAUAUGAUUUUAGCAGAAGCCAGGAUAUCGCCGUGCGUUCGAUGAAAAUGGGCUUUCGAGACUUUGCUCGUGAGCUGGUAGGCGCCGUUGGAGUUGAGGUGGGUCAUCGCCUCGACAAGACUGAACGAUUCUGCACCGGCGCUAUUGAAGGCGUCAAGGCGGCAGCUCCCAAGGAGGAGGAAGCACGUCCUCCUCGUCGGGAGCCAGUCAAAGUCAAGUUCCCCGAUUCCUACAGCGGAAGGAGGGAAGAAAACUUUGACAAUUGGGAGGCCAACGUCAAGACGUAUGUGCAUUUGCAACAGGUCUCCGUGGAUCAGCAGGUCCUGAUUGCGAUCCACGCGCUUAAAGAUGAGGCCGCCAGUUUUGCAAGGUCCUUGGUUCGUGCCGCUAACUGUAGCGACGAUCCCGUUGCCUACUCCUCGUUUACCUCCCUCACCGAAUUCCUGAAGUUGCUGCGCGAGCGAUUUGCUGAUGUCGCUCGCGGUGUCAGGGCCUCAGAUAAACUGCAAACCAUCCAUACUCGCAAAUGGAAAAGCGCCAGGGCGCUCAAGGGUACAAUGGACGAGUUAGUGGCCGUCCCUGAUCACAAAGUCACAGAGACCCAAUUAGUUAACCUCUUCUAUCGAGCUAUGCCCGAAGCUUUGCGAGGGCACUUCUUCGCGAGGAGCGAAGACCCUACCACGACAUAUGAUUCUCUGAGUCGUGAAGUAGUGGCUUUUGAAGCCAAGUGUGCCGGACCCGCCGGGAUGGCGGUCCGUUAGGAUGGAGACGAAGGAGGAGGUAGAGAUGGAGCUGGAGGGGACAGCGCAGCUCCGACGCAGACUCCAUACGCAAGUACUCCAAGAUCUGCGAAAGUGAAGAGU